GUUUUUCUUAGUUUGUUUCAGCUUUUAGGUGAGAAUGAGAACAUUCCGUCUUUCAGGAAUGGUGAUGAACAAUGAUAAAUAGUGAUGAUAAUUAUAUAUUUAUUAUAAUUUUAGCUUACAUUUGGUAUUUACUAUUUCUAUUGGGUACAUAUUUUACGAACAUAUAUAUUUUUAGCUAAGAUGUGAUUGCGCAUUUCUUAUUUUUACGUAUUUUACAGAACUGCUGUUCAAAAACUUUCAGGUUUUAUUUCAGAAUUAUAGCCCAAAUAUUUUUAUCAAGCUUUGGAGGGGGCACGCCCUCAAUUUCAGGAAUGGCAUAUGUUAUAGACACUCCCGAGCGUGAAUAUUGAUGAAGACGUUCUGCCUGGAUAGCUGGACGAAUGUUUCAUUGGGCAUAUACGAGUCGGGUAAAGAUAGAGGUGGAAUAGGAAUAAUAGAAACAUGUUAGAAUGAUUAAAGUCCCUAUUUAUAGUAUGCUGCAAUACAUGAAAACAGCAAUCAAACGAACAUCAAAUUUUUUACAGGAUAAAUCUGUGGAUAAUAGUAGUAUAGUCUACUGUCAAUAUAUUGAUGAAGUCUUACAAAAUACAACCAGGUUCCAAGCAAACGCUUCUAAUAAUGUUCACGAUUUUCAUACAAUUUUUGAAGAAAGGGGCAUAUUUGAGAAACUAACACAAUGAGGCCAAAAGUUAUACGAAGAUCAAUUGACUGAAUAAUUAACAGGUUAAUAACUGCGGCAUGCUGGUGGAUUAUAGAUCUUCGAUUGUACAAAUGAACCCAGAAUUGUGGAACGACAUGAUUGUUCUUCACCUGAUACAAUUAAUCUGAGCAGUGGCGGUUGAGGUUUUCUAGGGGUUUCCCUCGCCCAAGUGCGAAUGCAGUCACCAGAAAACCAUAUUCCCCUAAUAAAUAGUAAAGAAACUGAAAAUUAUAGUUCUCUUAUUAAUGAUCAUGUUAUUUUAGAUCACAU